AUGGAAAAACUGGUUCUUGCGCUACUACACGCCUCUCGAAGGCUGCGCCGGUACUUCACAGGCCAUGUGAUAACUGUGCUUACAAACUUCCACAUCGGCACUAUACUGCAAAAGCCUGAGACAUCAGGCAGGUUGGCAAAAUGGGCCAUUGAACUAGGAGGCCAUAAUAUCUUGUACAGGCCACGUCCAGCCAUUAAGGGUCAGGUCCUAGCCGACUUCAUCACAGAAGUGCCGGCCGAUAAAAUCAAGGAGUGCGAGCUGAUAGAGACUCCCGAGAAAGAGGCAACAGAUGAAACUUGGAUGCUUUACACCGACGGGGCAUCAAAUGAAGAUGGCGCGGGAGCAGGAUUGCGCCUGGGAGAAGUCAUGGCUUUGUAUCUGGAACAAGCGAAAGAAUUGCUCCAACAAUUCAAAUCUCACAAGGUUAUACACAUCAAUCGCUCCGAAAACAAGCCAGUUGAUGCCUUGAGCAAGCUUGCCUCGACCUCCUUUCAACAUCUUGCCAAAGAUGUAAGGAUAGAGGUACUCAAGAAUCCAUCGGUGCUGCUGCGACAAGUGAACGUGAUCGAAACGGGCCAACCUUCAUGGAUGACCCCGAUAAUCCAGUACUUGCAAGAAGGGGUACUCCCUGAAAACAAAGCGGAAGCGAGGAAGAUCCAAAACAAAGCCCUACAAUAUGAAAUGAACGGCGGUAUUUUGUACCGAAAGUCCUUCCUGGGGCCACUACUGCGCUGUGUGGACCCCCAGGAUGCGAACUACCUGAUAAGGGAGAUCCAUGAGGGGAUCUGCGGCAUUCACUCCGGGCCACGGAUGGUUGUCGCAAAGAUCAUGAGCGCCGGUUACUACUGGCCUGGUAUGCAUGUAGACGCGCUGAAGGAGAUCCGCAAAUGUGACUCUUGCCAGAGGCAUUCUCCAAAAACACUGCGCCCCAAGAACGAUCUUAUCCCUGUAUCCACUGCAUGGCCCUUCCAGCAGUGGGGAAUUGACAUGGUGGGACCCUUCCCGGAUGCUCCCGGCGCCGUAAAAUUCAUCAUAGUUAUUUCACAAAACAAUGGCACCAACUUUGCAUCGGAAGAUCUCAAGAAGUGGAUGAAAGAGAUGAAAAUUGAACACACUUUCACAUCUGUUGCGCACCCCCAAGGCAACGGACAAGUGGAAAGCGUGAACAAAUGCAUUGUCGAGGGAAUAAAGGCCAGAUUGGGGACAAGGCGACGAGGAUGGGUUGAUGAGCUCCCUAGCAUCCUAUGGGCUCAUCGAACUAUGCCUAAAACGAGUACCGGCGAGACCCCUUUUAGCUUGGUUUAUGGCUCAGAGGCGGUUAUCCCGGCGGAGAUUGGCUUACCCUCACCACGCAUGACAGCGGUCAACACAAUUGACAAUGAAGCGGAAAGACGUCUUGACUUGGACUUGUUAGAAGAAAGGCGCGAAAUCGCGCGAAUCAAAGAGGCCAAGUACAAGACCCAGCUAGAAAGGUACUACAACACAAGGCGCGAAACACUCCAGCAUUUUAAAAAUUUGUUGACAAGAACCGCCUCCAAGGUCCUCCGCGAACAAAGCGCGAGACCGGGCGGUCACCUUUUACUUAAAAGACACUUCCAUUUAUUCGAGCUAAUUUAA